GUGAAAACAGAAAUGGCUGCGUUUGAGCAAAAUUUAUCCAAAAUGAUAUCGGUACAACUUCGAAAUAAAGCCAAUGAGUUUUUAAACUGCAGAAAAAAUGCUAAUAAUCUAGCUGAUAUCUUGCAAAUGUUUGAGGCCGAAACAGACAAUUACACACCUUUACUGCUUACAAUUGAAGUUAUUUUUACGGAGUUGUUGAAAAGAGGCGAUUUAAUCCAACAUAUCGAGCCACUGAAACUUAUAGAUAACAGUCCUGAGGCAGAAUACUGUAAAUGGCUCAAUGAGUGUUACGAGACAGCUAUAUCAUAUGCACUUAAAUGUAUAAAACUUGGCCGCACAAACUCCAGGUUACAAGCACUGGUGACAGCAAGUAAACUGAUGCAAGCUGAGGGAAAAUAUCCAUUGGAGAAUGUUUUCGGAUUUUAUUUUCCAUCCGUUCGACUAAAGAAUAUAUUUAUUGUUUUAUUGGAUUCUGAGAUUUCCAUGUCAGCUCCGAUUGCUCGUUUUCAAGAGUUCACAGAGUACAGAGAUGUACAGCAGUAUGGAUUAAAAAUUCUGACUACACUUUCUUAUAAAAAGUCACCGUCACAAAUAUAUAUGCAAAACUAUUUGGAGCUGCUUGAUAAGCUAUUAAUCACAGAGAUUCCCACGGAGAUCAAAAUUAAGGCAAAGGAAAGAAACAUAGAUGACAAGGAAGAAAAAGUUCUAUGUAACUCUGACAAAAAAGGCCGAUUUCAAUUUGGGGCGGCAUCGUGUCGCCGGAACGCGAACCGGUGCUGGGGAUUUGCAUGCCAGUGGGCCUUAUGUGAGGAGCCUCGGACCCACCGUAGAGCUUUAAUGCUGCUUGUGGAGCGACUGAUGCCCUUAUUGAAUAAACCUCAUCUUGCUACCGACAUGCUCUGUGAUAGCCUCGAUGCUGGUGGGCCAAUAAGCAUGUUAGCGUUGCAAGGUGUGCUGGAGCUAGUUCGCCAACACAACAUAGAGUACCCGGAGCUGUAUGACCGACUGUAUGCAAUGUUUGAGCCGGAGAUGUUUGCAACCAGAUACAAGAAGCGCCUUAUACACCUUGCUGAUGUUUUUCUCAGCUCCACGCACCUGCCGGAGAGUAUGGUAGCGGCGUUCGCAAAACGCAUCAGUCGACUGUCUCUGGUGGCGAGUCCUGAUGAUGCUGGUGCAUUGCUGCAGCUCCUCGCUAACCUACUUCUACGGCACCCGGCGCUUAAGCGUAUGAUCUGCUGCGAGGACACACCCGCCAUCAUGUCGAACGACCCGUACGUGAUGGAGGAGACGAGCGCAUGUCGGUCCCGUGCGCUGGGUUCGUCGCUGUGGGAGCUGCGGGCGCUGUCGCGGCACUGGCACGCCGGCGUCACUGACGCCGCGCGCCGCGUUCUCGCCGCCGUCGACUCGCGGGCCGCGCCGCUUUCGCUCGUGCCGGUUCCGCGUGAUCCAUUUGACUCCGAGCUGAAGAAAAGAUUUAAGACAAUCGAAUUGAACUUUAUCAGGCCGGACGGUAUGAGCCUGCCAAGUGGCGAGCGACUCUUGCAGUAUUGGGACUUGAUGGCCUAAAUGUCUCGGCCCUGAGUUGUUGGACAAGUAAGUUGAAGCCUCUGUGAGAAAUUGUAAUCAUGUUUCAACACAUAUAUGUGUGCGGGGAUUCCAAAUAAUAUCCCCACAUAUAUAUGUGUGACGAAUUGAAGUAACUAUUCAGUUUGGUGUUGUUUAAGCGGUUUAGAAAGCUAAGAACUUGCGGAACUCUUUGAAUGUGACUGCUGGGGUGCAAUCGUAAUGGCGAUAAUUAUGUACCUAAAGGGCGGUUUAGGGAUCUUGGUAUAUAAAAGUUAAUAUCAUGGUGCGGUCUGUGAGAGCUCCGGAAGAUCAGGCUUAAUGUUUUAUAUUUAUUUUAAACUGGUCACUUUUUAAUUGUAUGUAUGGAGCACAAGAUGAUAACUAGAAGUUGAUUGUAUAUAUUUGAUGUUUAUAUUCAAUUAUUAAGAAUAAUUUGUUGUUUAAGCUAUUUCCACAGAGGUAAUAUUACAUGUAUAAGAAGUGGUGAAAUAAUUUUUGGCUUAAUACAACUCCGCACAUGAGUACUUGAAAAUUUUCAACACAUACUGUGUUAUUAAUAAACGCGAAGUAAAGUUAAUCCAAAUUUCAAUCUUUUGAAGUGAAAUCUUCUUUAGCAUUGUUGUGAUUAGUAUUUUCUUUGAUUUAACGCAUAUGUUACACAUUUAAAUAAAAUUCUUUUUAAAGGAUUAAUACGUGUGUAGUUGUUUCUGUUUUUACAUUAGAUUUUGCGUAAAAGUUAAAUUUUUAUUAUAAUUUUAGUUAACCAGACGUUUCCACAUCUCGUUUUCAGAGGGACUUGCCUCGGGUUACACUUCUUUUAAAAAGUGCUUUAUUUAAAAAACAUGGGAGAAAAUACCAGGUACCAGGCAAUCAUAUUUGUAGAAGAUAUUGUCUUAUGUACGACGCGAGUAUACAUUUAUUUAUUCUAACGUGAUUCGCACGACAUAUUACUACAUACACACCAGCAGAACAUAAAUAUGGUAGUGGUGAUAGUAAUGUCUUUCAUAGCGGUUGAAAUUAUGUCUUAUCGUAGCAACAUGUACCAGGACUUCAUAUGCAGUUUAGAGGUUCAAGAACAAUGCACAUCUUAAGUGCCGCUGUCUUCAUUUUACUUUUGUCACUACAGAAUUACAUGACAGGGAGAAGUUAUAUUAAACUUGGAGUAACUAGUGAUCAAUCUUUUGAAGUACAAUAAAAAUGUUGAUUUCUCUGACAUCCUCUGUGGCCAUAAAUUAAACAUAUUAAAAUAAAUUGUUUUAGAUUGAAUUGAGAUAUGUUUAAGAUCUCUUUUGAGAUCAUCUGAUUGACUGCUUGUAUUGAUCGGAUGAUUUGGAAUGUUGUUUGAGCAAAUUUAUUUUUGUAUAAUGUAUGUAAGAUGUGAGUGUUGUAGAGUUACUUUAAUAUGUAGCCUUUGAUUGGUAAUUGAUAAUUACGAAGUUGCUAACUUAGUUUAGGUAAUUUAUGGAUAUAGAAUAAAUUAAUAUUUACGUAUUGUUUUCAUAUAACGCUCGACCUAAAACUGUCCUCUGAAACAUAAAGUUUAAACAAUGUUGACUAAGUUCAAAUAUUAAAUUUAAAACUUAAUAUUUGAACUUGGUCAUCAUUGGUUGACCCUAUUGAAAACUUACGAUAGAGACUUAUUGCUAUGUUCCCAAAGAUGAUUGAUUAUUGGAAAUUUUAUGAGCUAAUAAUAAAGCCGAAAAAUCUUUCUACUGAGCAAUAUCUCUGUAAUGAAUAGAAGUCGAUUUGUAUUAUAAGAUACUAGCUGAUGCUCGCGAAUUCGUCCGCGUACAUAAAGGGUAUUUAAAAUAAUAAGCAAGUUUCGAAUUGAAGAUUAUCUCAUGUCCUAUUCCAGUUGUGGUUCCCGUUUUUGCUCCCGUUCUCAAUCUAUUAUAAGAAUCUUAUUUCGACGAAGAUGACUAUGGCAAACUAUACCUACUUGGGUGUAGUUAAGGCUCGUCGACGUGAAUUUGUGUUAUUUCCCGCGGGAGCCAUGUAUUUUUCCGGGAUAAAAUAUGUCCUCUGUACCAAAUUUCAUCAAAAUCGGUUCAUUAGCUCCGACAUUGUAAAGGCGUUACAAACAAACUUACAUUCACGUUUGUAAUAUUAGUAGGGAUAGUUGGGGAAAUGGUCGAUUUACGAUACUUCAAUACUACCUGCUUGUACUAGGUUAAAAAUCCAAUCUCAAGUAUUCGAUUCGAUGUCAAAUUGUUUUACAAUUUGGGCACAUAAUUAGAUCUAGUAGUCGAUUGGAUCUUAUUUUGCAUUGAAAUCAGUUCCCAUAUGGUUUUGAUCAUUUUUAAUUAUCGUAGAUAUGUAGAUAUAGGUGUACAUAAGUUGAAUGUUAUUUUCUUUUUUUUUUUAUUAUUAUGUUAGCAAAUGAACGACAAAGAAUUGUUCUCUAUUAAAUUUUUAUUCAAGUGCAAUAAAUUAUUUUAUAAUGUUACAUUAUUCAUUUAACGGUUGAACUUGAAAUUACAGUGUGGCAUAGAUAUUAUGUUUGUUUAUAUGUGAAGAUCAAAUACAGUAUAAUUAUCAUGGUAAUUAAUCAGAUUCAAGUGAGAAUGAAAUGUUGUAUAUUCUGCCUUAGAUGAUUUUUGGUUGUACUGUGAGCAUAACACAGGCAAAACUCAUAAUCCCCAGUGGGAGGCUCCUUUGCACAGGAAGCCGGCUAUAUUAUGGGUGCCGCAACGGCGACGUUUUCUGCCGUGCAGCCUACUUUAAUUGGAUAUUAUAAUUUCUUUCGUUGAUCAUACUAACCGGUCAGCCGAGAAAUAAACGCGAAAAAGAUCA